AUGCUGUCUCCCACGACUUUCGCCUAUUCCAGGCAAGCCCCUCCCGUAAGACCCUCUCGAUCUCUGGAGGGCCUGGAGCAGGUUAUCCUUCCUAGGGUUCCUCGACCGCCGGCUCGUCCAACGGUGCAACUGGACAAACCGCUUCCCGACAUUCCCUCCCAGUCGCUCCCAGAAGCUUCAAUGAUGAGGGGUUCCACGGCAUGGAGCGAUGACAGCAGUAUAUUCAGCAGUGUGGAGAGUCGCCGGGAAUCCCACUCUGAAUCUGCCCACUCCACAGAGAGCUAUCCCGUUUUUGUCCGCUCGGCGUCGGACGAGCUGGCGGACUAUGUCGAUCCUUCUCCCGCCGUUGCCUUGGAUCAUUCCCCCAUAGUGGGGCCAUAUACUACUACUACCACCGCUUCUUCGAAGACCAUUCUGCCAGCCACCUCCUACUCUCCAACUCUCUCGUCUUUCCAGCAACAAGCCUCGUCAACAGAAGAACAGUACGGAAGCCCGCCAGAUUGGGUCCAGAAGCGGUCCGGUCCGAACCAUUAUUUCCGGGAAAAGAAGUGGGAUUUUUUCCCAGAGUUGGCAACACCGUCCGCGCUGGGGACGGCAACAGGACAGUUUCCGCCCGCCAGUUCGCAGCUGCGGAAAAAGCAUGGAAGCAAACUGAAUCUAUCGGCAUUCGACUUUGCGAGGAACCGCAGGCGGUCCAACACCGGCGAUCGGGGUACCCUGACUCUGGCUCAUGAGGUCCGGGAUUCGAUCCGUUCGUAUGUCCACCGCACCUUGUCGAAGCAUUCUGUCGACAAGGACAGGCCGAGUCGCCAGGGCCGUCCUGUAACCGCGCCGUCAUUUCCCCCGUCCAAGUGUGCGUCGUCUCAGAGGAACACGGCAUCGAGCACCGGUUCGUAUGUGCUAGCUUUCCGAGAAGAACCUAGUCCUAUUGAUGUGGAUGAUCGCAUGAGGACUCUGUCGAUCUCGACCUCCUCAAGUACAAGUGAACGAUGGAUGGAAAGUCCCCCGCCGGCUCCUGUUCACCGGACGAAGCAGCUUGCAGUCCCCAUUACUCCUUACCAGAAGUAUGGGGCCGCUAUCUGGGAUAAAUCUGGUGGGGUUAAGAGGGUCAGCUGCCGACAGAAUCACAAUGUCCGAUUUCCCAAGUACCAUAAGAAGAAUUUGUCGGUCUCGACACACAAGUCGAAACCAAGCGCGGACUUUGCAGCUGCCCACCAAACCUCAGCCUCGUCGCCACCGGGUCGUUCGGCCACCCAGCAGAACACCCGAGAUUACAUACGAGUGUUGCAGGACGGCACUACUCAAGUCCUGGACGUGCUAGAUGGCGCAAAGAAGAGGGUGAUCGGCUCAAGCGUCGACCGUCGAAGAACGGCGCUGAAGUCGCAGAUCAGAUUGGUAGGACCAGUCAAUCCGUACACCACCCAUGACAGGACCGAUCCUUGGAUAUGA